CUAUAAGGAUCAAGGAACCUCAUAACAUGGCUUUAACGAUUGCAAGAGUAGGCGCAAAAUUGGCAAUAGGAGGAGGAGCUUUAUACUAUACAUUAGACAAAGGAGUUUGGAGUACAAACACAGAUGCCAGUAAACUUAUAGAUGAGGUACAAAACGCUGUUUUAGAAGAUACUAAAGCUUAUAUAAGAACAAUGCCGUCGCCUAACGAAACAAGUGAAAAGUUAAAAGGCUAUUGGAACUCUAAUGUUGAAUCUGGUUUUCGUGUUGUAGCUAACGCUCCAGAAGUUGUCACCGCAAAGACAACUGAAUAUUCAAAAAAGGCUGUAGCAGAAAUUGCUAAAAGUCUUAAACCAUGAUAAUUGAAUUUAUUAUUAACUUGAAAUAUUCAUACUGGAAUUUACUGCAUAACGAAAUAUUUAAAUUACACAAACUACAUGUUUGUUCAUGUAAUGAAUGUAAUAUUGUAUCAGAUAUUUGUAACGCUUCCUGUGUUAUAAUGAAUAGAUUUGUUUUUUUUUUUAAAAACAAAAAAGAAAGUCAUCUAAUGAUUUAAACUCAUAA